AUGAUUUACAAAGUACUUUCCUUAUAUUAUCUGCAUCUUUUUCGUCCACAAGCGGCUGUUUCUCUUCUGGAUGAUAACUUUGAAACUCGUUGCGUCUUAGCUUGAGGCUUCUGUCACGCCACUUUGCACCAUGGUUUGAUCACGUGCUGUAAUGUAUCCUGAGCGGGCUACAAAUGUAUCACGAUCAGGACGAUCGGGAUACAUUUGAUUUCAGUCAAGACCAUGUGACCACACAAUCAACCACUGGCAGUCCUUGUUUAGUUGAGAGAAAGUCUAGGAAUAUAACAAAAUUAAAGCAUAUGUUAUCUUGGUAAAUUACUUUGCUCAUUUCAGUAUUACGAGAAUUUUCUUAUGCUACUACGGCUAAAUUUAGGAAAGAUGCAACCGCUUUGGUACACAAAGAUAUUUCAGUAAUGGUGUGAGCAAAAGGAAUUUUGGCAUUUUGAAAUUUUCCAAACAGGAAAACAAAACUUUAUCGUCGGCCCGAUUUUCUCGAGUUUCAAUGUAGUUCCUUUCUGCCCGUCCUUUGUCAAACUGAGACUAUUUCUAAGGCCUGGAAUAAACACCACAAGGUUUCACGAGCUGCAGCAAAACAAUCCUACACAAGUUUUGUCCUAGUCAGUCCCCGGCCCCGGGGUGGUGUAUUCGUCGUCAGGUAUAUCAUGUACUGCCCACCCCUUUUACCUGAGGACUUUCACAAUGAGAAAACUAUCAGAAUUCAAAGAAACAGUGCUCUUGAUUCCUUUUCAAUUUCCCGUGAAUUUACAGCUAAAACGUUUCUGUCUGUGCGACAAGAACCAGUCAAGUACGAAUUUGAAGUGAUUGUCAGAAUGCCUUGUUGGCCACGAACUAGCACAGAAUUUAAAUUUGGUCACACUGUACUUCCGAGAAAACAGUGAAAUUACCCAUCACAAAUUUAGGAAUUAGAUGUAGAAAUAGAUGAGGACAUAGUAAAAAAUAUAUAUAUAAUGGUAAACUUCCUCUGUUUAAAAUCUACUAAUUAAUGAAGGCUCUCAGUUUCCGAAAAUCUAAUGGCCCAUUUUUUUUUAUAAUCUAAAAACUUUCAAUUUUAAGGCCUUUUUUCACAUGCAAAUGAGGCAUACCUCAUCCAAAAUGCCAAAAGUAAAAAUCAUGUCCUGUUUUGCCACACUUGGUCCUAGCCAGUUUCAGUUGCUCAUAUUUACCGGUAGAACUCUUAUCAUGGCGGUCUUAUCAUGGCGGUCUUGUAACCUGCCACUUUUAGUAUCCUCUGAGAUCAGUAAGAUUGUACGUAUCGUAAACAACAUCAUUUGUCCAUCCCUUUUAGGGACGAAAAAACUGGCAAAUCAACUCGAGGAGAUUAAGAUCCAAAACACGUGAGGAUUGUUUCAAUAAGCUAAGAUACUGGGGCACCCAAUGGAUCUGUUCCUCAAAAUAUCUGUUCUUCAGGCAAUUUUUCGCUGGCUGGGAGAUUUGGAAAAAAUAAUAUGUCCUUGAAAGGUGAAAUUGUUGCUGGGAAAUAGACUGUUCAGGAUGUCUGAGGGGAUUUGGUUCUUUGGUGUCUCGAAUAGCUGGUAUGUGCUAUUUCUGAGACCCACCCGCCAACCCCCCCUCCCCCCCCCCCCCAACUUGUCCACAACCAAACUGGCCAGUAACGGUCUGGACUUUUCGUUUGCUGGGAAACUUCCCAGUAAGUGAGGUUGGAGGUUGUAGGUGCACUUUGCUGGCUGGGAACUCUUCCAUCAGUCUUGCUGGGAGUGAGGAACAGAUAAAUUUUUCCCAGCAAUCUCCUAAAAUGCUUAAAAUGGUUUCAGAAAGCUUGUUCAUGCUUUGUUGCUGUUUUUACGUCUUUUUCUGAAAAUUUCCCGUUGGGUGCUCCUGUGUAUUGAUGUCAGUUAAGAAUUUAACUGGAAGAAAUUUGUGCUCGCUCUUGCUGUUGAAACAGCGCUAACAUCAAAUCCAGAUUUGUUUUUGUCAAAGUUGUCACAACGCCUUUUGAUAGCUGUUAAAACGCUGACUUUUUUCAACAGCUACAAAACGCAACCGUUAGACUUGAUCAACAAGACGUCAACUUGAAGUUGCUCUUGAGUGAAAUUAACAGCACCCUCUCCUUAAAGGUAAAGCUGAUAUUGCCUUACAAAUAUAUGGCUUUCCCCGUAGACCUGCUCUCAUUUUGUUCAAUUUUACAGCUAUAAGUAUAGUUUUCCCAAGGGGAUGACGAGUGGACCAAAAAAAAGCUGGGCUUUUUUGUUAAUCAAGGCACUAUCACUGUGUCGUAAUGUAGAAUCAAAUUUUUUACACACUCUGUUAGCGAGGCUUUAAAAAUGGAGGCCCCAAUUUUCAUAGCAAAACAACAUAAUCGGCAUAUCUUUUACGCAACAAUGCAAGUGGCCUCGAGCCGGGUAACUUAAAUAUGUGGAUUUUUGUAGUUGUUGUUGUUUUUUUCCCUUAUUGGUUUUCAUCUUUCUAAUGACCUGUGCAAUGUAUGGAAACGAAGCACAUAAAGAAAAGAUAAAAAUUUACGCAUUUCUUUUCAGGUAGAGAAUGUCAGCAAACUACCGGGCCCAGUCGGCCCUCCUGGAGUAAACGGUUCCCGAGGCCCGAUGGGUCCAGAAGGACCCCAAGGAUUCAACGGAUCCCAGGGUGCAAUAGGUCCUCAGGGAUUUAACGGCUCCCAGGGGUUGAUUGGACCACAGGGUCCCCAGGGUGCUGGGGACUUCUCUUUGUGUAAAUACAUGACCGAGUCUUCAACGGGACGUCAGUCGCCAGUAAGAAGCCUUUCCCCUGGCGCUGGUAUUCAAGUAAUUCUCGGGGAACCAAAUGUAAGUUUAUGAUCAUUGUUGUUAUUAAUUAUAACGAUUAUCAUUGUCAUUAUUAUUAUUUAUUAUUAUUAUUAUUAUCAUUAUUAUUAUUAUUAUACUUUUGUGGGUUUUAUAGGUGUUUGCGCUCAUUCAGUGAGUGUCAGUAGUUUGUUUAUCAACUUCAAAUACACUCGUGCAUUCAAACUCUACUUAAAAAUUGUCUAAUACUUCUUUGAUUUGGAUAACAGAAAAUGCUCCUUUGAGAUAAUAUAAAAUCAAGAUAAUAUAAAAUGCUCAAGCUAAAGAGGUUUAUAUGCAGACGUAGUGACCGGAAAAAAACUUGAAAUAUCCCACGUGCUACCCGCCGCUCAUCGCACAAUAUGCAACGAGUUUCUACAUUUCUAAUUGGCUGUAUUCUUUAUGGGAUAUUAAUAAUGAUGAAAGCUGGCAAUAACUUAAGUUUGCCCCAUCAUUCGCUUUAGGCAUAGUUAUUUAAAGCCGUCCUUAUGGUAUAUGCAUAAGUUUAUUUAUUUAUUUAUUUAUUAUUUGUUUUUUGCUCUCAACACUCAUGGCUAAUUUGGUCCUUUGUUUGUUCAUUUUAUUUUUGUGCGUAUAUUUCCCUUUAGAGAAGAACAUGUUUUUCAUUUUUAUUCUUCCAGGACAAGAGAAUAGUUGGUGUGUCAUGCUCCACGAACCGAGCCCAGAUGUAUCUUCUUUCAAGCGGAAUCAACCCAUCCAACGGUCAACGGUUUUAUUACUGUGACUGUUUUGGACAUUUUGGCUCUGAUUGGCAGUCUGUGACUUGUUUUAUGAGGUACUGGCUUUGCCCUCUUUCAACAUAAUACUCAAGACGUACCAUUUGUCUUAGAUAAUCACACGAAUUUCAAGAGUAAUUUGGAAUACGUAAGCACAUAACUAAGUUAAGACCGUUCACGAAGCUAAGCCACCAUGGAUAAAUGGAUCCUCUUUUAAAGAACUUUAUUCGAAAGUAACAUUGGCCUUGUCUUCGAUUAACCCAACCAAGACACAGGAACCGCUCGGCUUCCCUGGAUGGCUCUUAAAAGGGGAACGCUCGGACAUUUUGGCUACGCGCCCACCAGGGACAGGAGAGAAAAUUUUAAUGCCCAUAACACAUUAGCUCCCCAACUCUGGUUAUUAAUAAUCAGAGUAAGUUUUGGUCUUCCUUCAGAACGAAAACCAAUAAAUGAUCAACUCAAUAUAUCUGAGAAUGGACACUCGGGACCGUACUUCGUGGUGUUUCUGAAGAUUUUUUUCUGAAUAUAUAUAUAUACUAGAGGGUUUAAGCAUCGCGUUUACGGCAAACGACAAACAUGAAUUUGUACCGCGUGACCAAGUUUUCCAUUUACUUAUCGUUUACUCUUCAUUAUAACUACACGAAAAUCGGUAGAUUCACGCCAAUUCUAUCCAUAAGAAUUGUUUUACUCUGUUUUUAUCUGCUCAUUUCUCAUUUUGAAAAUUUCUCAACUUGAAUCUCACGUUUGCCGUUUGCCCUAAACGCAAUGCUUGAUCUCUGUACUACCAAAAUUCUUCUAACACCGGCUCUAAUAUUGGAAGCUGAGAUAAACUCAAUCUUCUUUUUUGUUGUUGUAAAUUUGAUCCCAGUCCCUAGCUUUAAAAUAAAAGGGAUGGAUCUGGUACUGAUAUUAAAACGAACAUGCCGCAGAACGCUGGAUCUAAUGAAGGCCUCAUCAGCAAAAAUAUACCUAGACACAUUGAGAAUUCUCAAAGUGAUUCGGUCAACAACUCCACAAAUGCUAUUGAGGUUGAAAUAGAUAUAUUUAUUUGUAUAUUUUGUGCAAAAAAUCACUUUGUAAAUAUCUUUGUUUAAAAGUAACAGAAAUUUUACUAAUAUAACAUUGAGUUUUUCAAAAUUAAAUUUAUGGUGGUUCUUGAACUCUUUAAGUUUUCACAAUCAAAUGUUUUACAGUUAAUUUAUGCCAACAACUUUUAAAUUCUUGCAUCUCCUCUGUUAUAGUGACAUAGUGUUACGCGUCAGUGUAUGUAAAAUGAUACUUAGCAAUCUAUUCUGGAAGAAGUAAGCUAAAAUUGUAGGUAUAUCAAUAUUUAACUUUAAGUUUAUUGCAAAACAGUACAAGUGUAACUUACCGAAAUUAAAAUCCUUGUAAAUAGUUAAUUAUCCUACUAGUUGUAAAUGCAUUCUGUAUAACAAAUAUAAGGCAUUUAAGUAAGCCAGUACAUUAAAGUAUACAUUGAAAUUUGCUCACAUCAGUGUGGUGGGUCCUCAUAAAAUGUUCUGCAUAGAGCUCCUUGAAGCCGAAACCAAUUGUUCAUCAGUAGCAGGCCUCCUGCUACUGAACGCUUGUAGUUUGAUAUUCGCAGGAGCAAUAAUUGUUUGCAAUUAAUGUCCAAACCAUUGCAGUCUAUACCCCACCUGUGAAUCUCGUGUGAAUCGCUUCACAUUUAUUGUAAAUCUUGAAGGACAAUUCAUUUCAUCCGUUGAAGUUUGCCGGGAUAUGGCAAAACAGUGAUCCCUGCUCUGCUCCCUUGAAAAAGAAAGUCAUAGUUUUGAUGCCCAUCUUUCUCGUGGCCACAGGCGAGGCUAGCGCCAGCUAGCCUGUUCCAGCGUUCAGAUAAAGGAGACGGCGCAAAGAAAAGUAAGCAAGGGGGAAAAAGCGAGGCGGUAAGAAAAUAGGGUCAGAGGGGGAAGAAACUCUUUUUUCUUUUGCUCUCUGUGCUUCACGCCACUCUCCAUCAUCUAAACUUCUGGGAUAGGGUUAACCCCAUAAGCAAUUCAGCAAUCCAUAAAGAAAGAAGAGAACAUAAAGAGCUGUAGACUUGGGAAUUCCAGGAGCAGUUUUUCAAAGUUUCGAGACGUAAGAGAAAAUAACACUGGAGCAAUGGCGUAAGAGAAGACCCCGAGGUCACGAUUGCUAGGGUGAAAAAGGCAGGUAUUGGCGUUAAAAUAAUUUACUCGAGAACACAAGAAGCGUGUCUGAAUGUGAGCUUGACUCACUUAUCCGAAAACGGGAUGCUUCGAGGUACUAGCACGAUUGCAGGACGACCAAUCAAGCUGUCAUAUCGUAAGAUAUGAAAAGCUUUUUCUUUCCUGCAAUGGCCUUAAAACGCGCGUUAAGUCCAUAAUAAAAAGGGCCGAUGUACAUCUUCCAUCUAUUAGCCUUUUCUUUUUUUAAGUAGAAACCGGGAUUCGGGAAAGCGAUGUGAAAAGGUGCGGGACGCGGGGUUUUCCUGAAAAAGGAGCGGGAAUGCUGGAUCAUGAGUCCCCGCCCCUUCACCAAACCCGGGGACAACACGCAGGGUCUUGAAGUAGCUGAACAAGGAGAAGGGACUUUCUUUUCUUUUUUAUCGGCGGUUUAAUUAUCUGUGUAUAUACAGCUGACUGGACAUCAUAAGAGUUAAACUUUUUGAUAUCACGUCACAGACGUGUUUUAUUUUGUUUUAUUACAAAAUAAGAGGGAAAAGACUGUACUGAUGUUUAUUUAAGCAAUAGACCAUACUUUCUAUGGGCCGGCUCGUGAUUUACAAGCUUUUCGCGAUCGAGUGUUCUCCCAACAUUCCAAUUGGGUUAUCACGCCGGUAAACCCAAAGAAAGUGUGGUCUAUAGGUUUUUAACCAAUUAGAACGCGCGUACUAUCUUAGUUAGAUAUUUUAUAAAGAAGAAAAAGGGUUAAUAAAUGGUAUAUUACUUAAUCAGGAGGUUAAAAGUUCCUUAUUCCGGUUUCCACAUACAAAUUCUCCAGACUGAUGUUCUCCAAAUAUUUUUUAUACUACAAAAAUUAGUGGAGAGAAUUUGUUGAAAGAUCCGAAGAUCAGAGCAUUUUUUUUUUCCAUUAUUGAUCAUGUUAUUAGAAUUCUUGUAAACAUUUCAUUGGCUAGGAGUAUUUGUUGAUAUGGGUAGGAGAAAGUUGAUGUUGAUCACUCUUCAGGGACUCAUAGGAUUAAGUAAUAUAUCAGACCAAAUGGGCGUGGAUAAAACUUUGUUUUAAACCAAUAAUGAAAAGAUUACUUAAAAUAUAAUUGAUUGAUGCUCAGCACCAUCAUACAACACCAUUUAAUAAACGUAUAAACUUCACUUUGUUAAAAGAACUUGAAUUAAGCGAUCCACCAUGAAAUUUUCAUGAACAUAUCCACUGAAGAUAAGGUGCAUAUGUUUGGCUAGAGUUUUAACGUUUCCCUCAAAAAUCGUUGGGUUAAACACAACAUUACUAGAUGUAUUACCGCGAGUCACCAAAGCCUACAAAAUGAUAUUUGCCAACAGCUGAACAGUAGAAAAAGAUAGUCUAUAUUUACAGGAAUAUAAGUUUAUGUGAUGUUCUACUCUUCAACCUCUUUACCAAGGCACAGACCGGACAGAAUGAUUGGCACGAAAGGUUCCUGUGCGAGGUGCGGCCCCUACCCAGGCCAAUCCCACAGCACAUCAAAGUUAAACAAGUUUAAAUCAGUAACCAAAAGGCUAAACGGACGAAAACUCUUUUUUUUUUCUUUUGUUUUAGAAUCCGCAGUGGAACGAAUAAGCAUUUUUUCCGAUAGAGAAUAGGUACAUAAUUGCAAGGGAAUGGGCUCCUGAUAAUUGUUCGUAUAGUCAUAGAGGGAUGGAAUUAAGCCUCGUUGGUGGAUAGCUAAGGAUAGUUUAGGGAUAGUCGCUUUAGGGAUAGUCUAUGACGUCACCCAUUGUUUUAACCUAGAGAAAACACGAAAGAAACUACUACAGAGAAACUACUCUCCACUAGACUAUCCUCUGCAUUUGACGAGGUGAUCUAGACGCAUGGUUGACAACAAACAAAUAGCAAGCUUCAGCUUUCAAGUUCUCAGCCCUAAAUGUUAACCUUUUUUGUCGACUUAAAAAGAAUUUCAAUUAGUACACAACAUUAAAAAAUUGUCAAUAUCAAACUUAGCUUUCCCAGCGCACUCGCCACAGGUAACAAUGCCCUAUAGUUUUUCUGUUAUAGGGAGAUCGAAACAAAGAUAAACCGAGGGACUUUUAGUAGCAGGGUAACAAUUUCGAUGAACUUAAGUUGCAUGAACUAAAGUUAAAUUCAAUUUCCUCUGUUACAAGCAUACGCUCGAGACCAAAUUACAAGACCUCGAGAAGAUGUUGAACUCUACACGACAGGUUGCAGAACAAGCGUCUUGGAAACAUUUGACGGCGCUGUUGUCCGCAGAGAAUAAUGCAAAGAAAGAAAUUGACAAGGUGUGGACUGCGAUGAACGAAACAGGAAAACCACUUGACGAGAAACUAGUGAAAAUACGACACAACCUUACUGGACAGGUAACUGAACCGUUGUAAAGUUACGACUCAUAACUUCCCGCUGAGUCGGCACAAGCAAUUUUUUUCGUAGGCGGAUCAAUGGCUAAAGUUAUGGUUUAUUAGGUAAAAGUUGGCAAAUUUUGAUUCUGUACCAGUCCUUCUGCCAUAGUAUAGAAAAUGGCACUGAAUCAAACUUCGGCAACAAAAAGUAAUUUUGAUCAGGUGAUUUGUCGCGUGACCAAAAGGUAGAAGAAUACUUCAAGAUUUUCAUUCAGGGAAAAAAUUUUACUCCGCUGCUCUACUUGAGAUGAGCUAAAGAAUAAUGUUAUCGAUAAAUUAAAUUUUUCGUACAUAUACUAUUUUGGAAUACACCAGUUAAUAACGAACAUUCAGAUAAUCCAGCUGUGUAGUGUGCUUCAUCACAUGAAGCAGUAUAGGCUAUGAACUGGAUACGCAGAACUUAAAUUGAUCAUGAUAUGCACGGAAGAAUUGUCCAGCAAGAUAUUUUAGGUAUAUAUGCAUGCUUUCCAAACUUCCCAAGUCCUUCAGUAUAUGCUCCCCGCAUGGAAAUGAUGACUUUUUAAAAAUGUAAGUGAACUUUGACAUACAGUGUAGCGAGUAAAAUGCCUUCGGCGAAAUUAUAAAUUUUUUUAUAAUAAGAUCUCCUCACUGCGCGCAGUAUCUCACUCGCGUACUAAGGAAAAACAAGGAUAUAACUUGUGAUUAUUGCAUGAUAACUAGCUUGAGCGAAUGCAGUAACACUUCGCUUGCUGUUCUCAGAUUAACAACGUAGGCAAAAUUGCCGGACCCGUUGGACCUCCGGGAUUCAAUGGAAGUCAAGGACCCGCGGGGCCUCCGGGGCCCAAAGGAGCUGGAAACUUAAGCACCUGUCAGUAUAAAGUAAAGACAGAAGCUCGUGGACGAGAUCAAACGGCCUAUGUGGACGAGCCCACUGUAAGUCACUACAAGUGUAAGGUGUAAUACUUGUUUUCUUACUUUGUCAGGCAGCCCCGUUCAAUUGCACCUGACUUAAAGAGGCUACAGUAUGUCACGACGAUAUUCCUCGUAUUUUAUACUAAUUCUGUGUUGAAGUCAUCACUUAGUACUUUGACAAAUUUUACCAGGGGGCUCUAACCAUGAUAUUUUAUUGUGAUUUUUGCAGGCGACAGGAAACAGGUUCAAUACCUAAAUAAAAUCUUAAAUAACAAAACUGGUUUAAGCUUGCACAAGGCUAAUGAGAUAAUUUGUAUGCUUCUUAUCCAGUUCGUGGACAGAAGAUGAUUAUUGUUCUUAUUAAUUUUUAUUUAUUCUUUUUACAUUUAGUGAAAAAGUACAACUCCCUAUUUUUUUCUCCCUUAUAUUUUAAAAGUUGCCUUCACUAGAAAAAGAUGCGAGAGCGUCACACGGCUAAGAAGAAGCACAAAAAACUAACCCUCUAUAUUGUCUUGUUUCUCUUUCCAGGGCCAUAUUAUAAUAGCAGCAACCUGCUCUACAAACUACGCCGAAGAUAUUGAGUUUAGAUCCGCCAUUGUGGUCCAUCCAAAACGGCGAUAUAUAUGCGACUGCAGGGGCGUCAAGUAUAGUAGGCAAAACCCUAAGAACUGUUCCCUUCACUACUGGGUAUGCGUAAAAACGUAAUUACGAACAAAUCCACAGCAGAAACAGUUUGAGGUAAUUUUCAAGCGCAAAAGAAAAGACGCCUUGUCUUUCGAAAAUGACGUAUCUGACGCUUUAAACGAUUCCUUUCUACCUCCCCUUUCCUAUCUAAAUUCGUUCUAAGAGUUUUGAUAAAAGGCUCUUAUUUUAAUAAUUGCUUAAUAUGUGAAAAGUUCGUCUUUAUAAAGAAAUUCAACAUUGCAAGGUUAAUUAAAAUCUCCUUUAAUCUGGACACCUUUUGUUUAGAGGUUGGUAAUUUAUCGAAAAAUUAGACGCUAUAAUAAGUUGCGCGCCUAUCUAACUUUACAAAGGAGGUGUGAAAACAUGGUUAGAGGAAAUACUGCACCGUUUUAUAUUGCGAAACUUGAGCGAAGUCAUAUCAGUCAUGUUUAUCUGUUCCAGGCUAUGUCGUGGUCAGUUACAAAUGUUAGGUCAGGUGAGCUUAAAUCAUAACAAAGCACUAAUCUAUUCUCAGAUAAUUUUUUAAUUACUGGCAAAAAGAAAGAUUGCGAAUGAUCCUAUCCAAGAGGAAAAAAAGCAGAUUUGAUUUUUGGUCACUCAACUUCCGUAAAGCUUCUUCCAACAGAACUUCGAUGU